CGGCUUCGUGCAUAAUCCCAACAUUCGCGGAACCAUGGAAAUUGUCUGGGACUCUCUCGGGGUCAUCAUCCUUUGCACUUGGUCGAUCCUUGCAGUCCACGUACCUGAGCAAUUCAACGACCCCGUCCCCGGCAAUAGCAAGUUCACGUCAGCACUUGGCCGACUGGGGAGAGCCUGCUACCCAAUGUUGAUUAAGCUGGGGUGGGUGCUGUUCACCCUCCUCGUGCCCGAGUUCGUGCUCGGGAAAGCACUUAACGGCUUUAUGCGCGCGCGAGAGGUAGAGAAGAGCAAACAACCCGGCGUGUCCGAGAAGAAGGCUGCGGUCCCAGCCCUUUACCAGGAACAGAUGAAGGGGUGGACAGCCACUCACACGAUGCUAGCGGACAUUGGUGGCUUCGGUAUUGAUUUUCGGAGUCUGCUGCCUUCCCGCAGCGAGUCUGGCGAGAGUCUAGCAGCUGAUCAUGGAGCUGAUGUGCUAGUCCCAUCUCCAGGAAAUAAUAUCGAACAAAGGAAAGACAUGUCGGCACCAGAGAUCCAAAGCCGAACCGACGACACUCCUACACAGGCGGCAAUGGGCCGGUAUAGCCCCCUACUUCCUGCCGAUGCCAUAUCAAUCGCAGCUUGUCCCGAAGAUCGACGUCUCACAAACUUCAUUCAAGAAAUAACACACGCUCACAGUAGCCUAGGCGGGUUCGAUUGGCAACCAAAUCCAGAUCACCGUCGGAUAAUAAAUGAACUGGCGUCCGAAGGUCACCUACCGGAAGAGUGGUCGUUUGAGCAAUUUAACGAGUGGGCUAGGUCCCCUUUGUACACAUUGUGCGGAGACAAAUGGAUCCUCAAUGCGACGCAAUUCCUGCAGGCGGCGGAAAGAGGACUUAUUGCACUACCGACCCGAGAGGUCACAGAGAGCGUCAUUCGGGACAAAAGCAAGAGCAGUGACCUCGUGUCCUUUUUUGCCUUGGUCCAGAUCGUACAGUUAGCAGCUUCGUUGGUCGACCGGGCCACCCACCACAUAGCGAUCAGCCAGCUGGAGAUGGUCGCACUCGCCUACGGUGUUUGUGCCAUUGCAACGUACCUUCUCCAGUGGUCAUGCCCGAAAGACGUUGAGGUACCUGUCUUCGUACCCGCACUAAGGGCAGCAUCGAAGGAAGACGUCAUGCUGAUAAGUCGGCAAGGGCAGGCAAGGUGGUGGUGGGGGGGCAUGUUUCAACUUGGUCGCACAUACACCAUUCCAUACCUUUUCACGCCCAGACAUUCUUUAGGCCAUGACGUCGGGACCUUGAUAGCGCUCGUGAUCUUCGGAUCCUUCCACUUGUUGGCCUGGGGAUUCCCAUUCCCUUCUGCCGUCGAACGACUUAUAUGGCAGAUCGCUUCGGUAGCAAUCACAGUGAUUCCGGCAGCGAUACUGGUCGUUAUGGCGCUUUUGUUGCUAGGGGUUUCCGGUCCAAUUCGGUCUGUAUCUGGAGAGGGCACACUCUUAUGGUUUAGCCUUUAUCCUAUGAUAUUAGUUUCGGCUUUAUUCGGCUUGGGGAGGAUGUUUCUGAUUGUGGAAGCUUUUCGAUCUUUAUACUUUCUUCCUCCAUCUACCUAUAUUGCUACG